AUGCAAUCUUUUCUACAACGCCGGCGUGCGGGCGUUGAAGCCCAGGCGCAAAUCGACAGAGACAUUGGAAAAGCACAGUCCUCAGCAGCACAAGAAAGGCCGCACGACGGUAUAGGCAGAGACCUUGAGAAUCAAUCUUCUUCAUCACAGGAGGAGGAGAAGCGAGCAAGUCCACUCUUGGAAUCACUAGGCGGUACUACCACCACCAAACCCGAAAGCAACGACCACCGGAAUCAUGAAGGGGAGUACGAUGCCUCCGGUCCAAACGUCGAACGAAGCCAGACGGCACGGACCGGACACUCCGAAGGCACAGCCCUCGGCCGCGUCCUAACCGGCAUCCACGUCCGGGACCGGACCGGUGAAGAGGGCCACGGCGGUCGUGUCUUCGUCGUCGGCUGGGCGGGGCCGGACGACCCCUUGGACCCGCACAACUGGCCCACGGCGAAGCGCAUCGGCGUGACGCUCCAAAUCUCCCUCAUCGCCCUCUUCGUCGGCUCCGCGUCCGGCAUCGACGCCACGGUCCUCCCGCAGGCCGCGCAGGAUCUCGGCGUCAGCCAGGUCGCCGAGUCGCUCGCCACGGGCCUCUACCUCGUCGGCAUGGGCCUGGGCUCCCUCAUCGCGGGGCCCUUUUCCGAAACCUUUGGUCGCAACGCCGUGUACGCGGCUUCCAUGGCCAUCUUCAUGAUUUGGAUCAUGGCGUCCGGCCUGGCGCCCAACUUUGGCGCGCAAAUCGUCUUCCGCUUCCUGGCGGGAUGCUCCGCCUCGACGCCCCUCGUCUGCUCCGGCGGCUCCAUCGCAGACAUGUACAAUCGGCUCGAAAAGACGUGGAGUUUUCCCUUGUACGCGAUAACCUGCUUCGGCGGCCCCAUGAUCGGCGCCGUCAUGGGCGCCUACAUCGGGCCUUCCAACGCCGUGAGCUGGCGCUGGGUAGAGUGGACGACGCUCAUCUCCUCCGGGCUCGUGCUGGUGCUCGUCCUGCUCUUCAUGCCCGAGACGUACGGCCCGCUGCUCCUGCAGUGGAAGGCCGCACACUACCGUCGCAUCACGGGCGAUGACCGCUUCCGCUCCGAGCACGAGAUCGUCGACGCCACGCUCUUCAGCCGCCUCAAGACGAGCAUGACGAGGCCGUUCCUCAUGCUGACGGAGCCCAUCAUCAUCGCCAUGACGCUGUACAUCACCGUCGUCUACAUCGUCCUCUUCACUUUUCUCGUCGGGUGGCCCUACAUCUUUGAGUAUACCUACGGUCUCGACCAAGGGCUCGCCAACAUCGUCUUCAUCUCCAUGUUCGUCGGCACGCAGGUCAAUUUCCUCUUUGUGCCCUUCAUCUACGCCAAGACAGCGAAACGGGUCAAAAGCAAUGGUGGAAAAGCGGGCUUCAAACCAGAGAUCCGUCUGUGGUACGCCACCUCCGGCGCCGCCGUCUCCCUCCCCAUAUCGCUUUUCUGGCUCGGCUGGACAAACUUCUCCAACAUCAGCGUCUGGUCUGCCAUCUUCGCGGUCGCCGUGUUCGGGUACGGCGUCACCGGCAUCUUCAUGUGCGUGUACAUGUACAUAAUCGACUCGUACGAGAUAUACUCGGCCUCUGCGCUCACGUUCGUCGCGCUCAUCAGGUAUAUGGUUGCGGGCGGCAUGACCGUGGUAGGAAUCCCCUUUUACGAGAAGAUGGGAACGCACUACACUCUGACUAUCCUCGCCUGUAUAUCGGCCGUGCUUGCGCCGAUACCCUAUGUUUUGUACUACUAUGGCCACUGGCUUCGAGCCAAGAGCCGCUUUGCGGUAUCAAUGUAA